CCCUACUACACGCGUUCUCACAUUUCUCAGAGCACAACAGCUGGUGAACAACAGAAGAAAGAACUGAGAAACAGACUAGAAACUAAAACUUGAUUGACUGCGGGUAAAAAUAGCUAUCCGAUCUUUUUGGUAAAAAGGUGCCAAAAAAAGAACCGUGCGCAAUUACGCAUAGAAGAAACAAAAUGACAACAGCGAUGGAAGUGAACAUGGAAGCCAGGCGGAUACUGGCCGUAUCCAUAAGUAAGCUGUACGCUUCAAGGUCCCAGAGAGGAGGACUGAGACUCCACCGGAGCCUCCUGCUGUCCCUGGUCAUGAAGUCUGCCCGGGACAUCUACCACUCCUCACGGGAGGAGGACGCGCCGAGCGGAGCGCAGUCAGCCCCGGAGGAGCCGAUGGAGACUAGCUCCGGUCCUGAGGUGCCAGAGCCUCAGCCCCUGUCGGAAAGAAACUCCUCAGAAACCGCCUCAGAGGAGUCGGACAACAAGGCGAAAGAUUACGACUGUGACACCGUCGACGACAAGGAGAACUUGAGCCCGACGAAGCAGUCCAGGAAACGCCGGGGCAAGGCGUCGGCGGCGCCUGACUUCCUUCCCAACAAGAGGGCGAGGCUGGAGCCCGGGGAAGAGAGGUAUUCAGCCCCACUGGGCAGCUGCCGGGUCGGGGCUGGAGAGUCUCUGGCCACUUUGUCUCUAAAUCAAGUCAUACCUGCCUUCUGAACAGAUAAAGGGACAAAAUAGUCUCCUGUUGGACUUUUGAAGUGGAGCAAUUCUUAACUCCAUGUACUAAGCACCGAUGAGCUGACCUACAUCAGCAGUCCCGGGACAAAGGGAUUAAUGGUGCCAAGGAACGGGCUUUCAGGCCGAACUGUUCCUGCUGGGGCAGGUAAAGCCCCCAGAAACAAAGAAAGGACAGAGGAAGAGCAGUCAGAUGGCUGGAAAGUUGGUUGAAGAACCUGAUUAGGGAAGUGGUUGUGUUUCCACUUGUUUCCCUAUGACUCAUCUUCAGUUCAGUGACUCCAAACAAGUGACAACUGCUGAGUCAGAAUGUGUGUUUGUAAAUCAGCAGAGUGUUCAUCAGAGAGCAGAAGGAGUAAGCAGCUGACCACAUGCAGAAACGCACAGAUGAAAAAUGAGUUUCAGGGAAUUUCCUGUCUUCAUGACGAGAAAUCGGAGAGGAAAAGAGGAAGGAGAGCUGAGGCAGACACAUUCAGCUGCUCCUGUGGACUUUGAUAAAUCAAUACUAAUGCUGCUGGACUGUCCUACAUACUACAUUCAUAUGGUGCUUUAAUAAACUGACUAUAUUGCACUUUAAAAACUUGUUGUCCAUUUGGACAUUAAAUAUUUUACUGUGAUUCAUCUUGUUCAUGUCUGACCUGUGAAAUGUGGCCUGACAUCUCAAACUGUUUGAUAAUUCUGUUGUGAAUUCAACAUUGUCAACGUUUGUAAUAAAGUUGCUGAAAGAGUAA